AGUUGACAGGCUCUGAGGUGCUGCUGUGGUGGCGGCCGCGGGGCUGAGGCGGGUGGGAGCCGGAACCGAGUGCGUGCUGAGGAAGGAGGGCGGCGACUGGAGAGCGGCGAGCGGCGCGGGACCUGGAGCCUCUUCCACUUUUUCCCUCCCGAGCGCCCCCUCCCACCCCUCCCACUCCGCAUACACCCUGUUUGCCCGUGAGCCUGGGGAACUUGCAGCUUAAAGCCAGCCACCCCCACAGCAACAUGUACCCCAGCAACAAGAAGAAAAAGGUGUGGAGAGAGGAGAAAGAACGUUUGCUGAAGAUGACCGUAGAGGAGAGACGCAAAGAAUACCUAAGGGACUAUGUUCCCUUGAACACCAUCCCAUCAUGGAAAGAGGAGAUGAAGGGCAAGAGCCAAAAUGAUGAAGAAAAUACUCAGGAAACAUCACAGGUGAAGAAAAGUUUGAGUGAAGAAGUUUCUCUCUAUAGAGGUGACAUCACAUUGCUAGAGGUAGAUGCUAUAGUCAAUGCUGCAAAUGCCAGUCUUCUUGGAGGUGGAGGUGUGGAUGGCUGUAUUCACAGAGCAGCUGGCCCCUGUUUGCUCGCUGAAUGUCGUAACCUGAACGGCUGUGAAACUGGACAUGCAAAAAUCACGUGUGGCUAUGACCUGCCUGCAAAAUAUGUUAUCCAUACCGUAGGACCAAUAGCCAGAGGCCAUAUUAAUGGUUCCCACAAGGAAGACCUUGCAAAUUGCUAUAAAUCAUCUCUGAAACUGGUGAAAGAAAAUAACAUCCGAUCAGUUGCAUUUCCCUGCAUCUCAACAGGCAUUUAUGGUUUUCCAAACGAGCCUGCUGCAAUCAUUGCCCUCAGCACCAUUAAGGAAUGGCUGGCCAAGAAUCAGCACCAGGUGGAUCGGAUCAUCUUCUGUGUCUUCCUAGAAGUCGACUUCAAAAUCUACAAAAAGAAAAUGGGCGAGUUUUUCCCUGCAGAUGAUAAUAAUGGAGAAGAAGACAUUGACAUGAAAGAAGAUUCAGAGAGGUUAGAGCCAAAAGACCGCUCUCCACCCCACAAGAAGAGCAAAGCAAAGAAGCCAGAAGGCUCCAAGGACUCUAGCGAGGAUGAGAACGGUCCACAGGAAAAGCCAAGUGCCAAAGAAAUGGAAGGGCAGAGCCAAGAAGCAGACGGUGCCAGCGCUGCCACCAUGCCCAACCCUUCUUCAGAAGAGGCAGCUGAAGUCUGUAAAGAUGAAGAUUCUGCAAAGGAUGACAAUAUUACAAAAGAAAAUGAAGUAACAGAUCAUUCUGUACGUGGCCAAGAUCAUCCCAAUGGACAAAAGAAUGCUUCAAUGAAGAAUGAAAUAAAAAUUGAGGCAGAGUCCCAGAGCUCAUAUAUGGAAACAGAAGAGCUUUCAUCGAACCAAGAAGAUACCGCAAUCGUGGAGCAGCAAGAAGUGAUUCCACUAACAGAUGACCAAGAAGAAAAAGCAGGUGACAAAGCUCAAGGCGAGGACACACCUAGAGUUCCUGUGAAAAGCGAAGGCUCUGGUGACACAGAAAAUUCUACAAGUCCUGAUGUUGAAAUGAAUAAUCAGGUUGACAGUGUAAAUGACCCAACAGAGAGUCAGCAAGAAGAUUAACUAAUAGGGGCACAAGAUGAAGCAAAGGAACAAAGAAAUGGAAGUAAAUGACAGUCCUCAGCAUUGCAGGCCUCCCGGCCCCGCCCCGGGGGGGAUGGAAAAAGACACCUGCGUGCCCUGUGGGGGAGGGUGGGGGGAGGCGAGUCCCAGAAGGAUGGGGAAUCCUUUGCUCUAAUUUCUCUAGCCGCAUUUUGUUGUGUUUACCGGCAGAAAGAGAAAGAAAAAAAAUGGAAAAAAAAAAAAGUUUUAUUUGGUGGGGGGACCCACGUGAAUGCAUCUUUCAGGCGCUAUCCCUGUCAUUUCUGUCUUUUCUCUCACGACUCUGCCCCAGGGUCCCAGUGGCACGUGUGACAUACAUGUGUAUCCUGGCUCCUGUCUGCUUUCUCGGUUAUUUCACAAAGCUGGUUGGUACAGUGGUUUCUUCCAAGAAAGAGAAGGAAGGUGACUGUUCGGUAAGCUGCAGCCUGCAUUUCAGGAACCAUCAAACCCUGUAUUAGUAGAAUCCAUGGAUGAAGGAGGCAGGAUAGAAAAUGGGCAAAACCAUCAGAAAUCACUUGGAAAAAGGUCAGGACGAUGAGUUAAAAAUGGUGUUAUUCAGGGAUUCCCAAGGUACAAUGUUGUUCCGUGUGGUUGUCAGGAGGAUUGUGGAAGUAGAGCUUAAUCCGGAGCAGAGCGUGGAGGCAUCACAAGGAAGGUGGGCCCUGGCUGCUGUCGGGUCUUCCUUGGCAACAGGACGGCAGGUGAGUUCUUCUCUGACACCGACUUCAGCAGAGCUCACCUGGUUCAGGAGGUCUUUCCUGGGAGCUUCACAUGGAGCCCCCCUGGGAGAUUAACUCCUUGUGACACAAUUGUAAGGGGUGGCACUUUUCUAGGCAUUUUAGUUAAGAGACAGGGGGCUGCUGCAUUUAGGAUCCAAGCAUCCGCCUAUGAAUAUGAAAAGUUCCACUUGAAAUCUCUCUUUAUAUAUAUGCUUCUCAUAAAAGAACAUCUUGUCUUUGCCCAGGGACUGAUGACCCGCAGAGCAGAUUCUCAUUUGAAGUUAGGGGCAAUUAGAGGUGUUGCUUGUAGUUCUGGCUUCCUGGUUCGCUUUUACAUGGUGUGUUUUUGUUCAUGCUGAGUCCAAGACUAAUUUGAUGGCUAGUCUCCUCUCCCAGCGCACACUGAAGGGGACCAGCAGUACUAAUAAGCCAAGAUGUCAGUGAUACAGUGGGCGUGAGGGUUGAAGGGCCCAGGAGGAAGUCAGAAGUUGUCACAAAUGUCUAUCCCAGGGCCAACGUGGACAGAAGCCUCAGGACGCAAGACACCUGCUUCCCACAGCCUCCCAGGCUCUUAAGACCAAUCUGUUUGUUUCUGUGGCAACUCGCACUAUUUCUUCCACAUCUUCUUAAAUCCACCUUCCUUAUAAGGGCUUUAGAAUUAUAAGUAAGUUAGCUGUAUAUUUUUUCUUUGUAGAGGGGAAAAGUAAUGGAUCAGAUCGAGCGUUUCUACAAUAAACAGGUGUUCUGCUUUCCAAAUAUUCCAUGGAGUGCUUCAGUUUUGCUCUUUCCUCUAAAGAAAAUUCACCUUCUUAUCUUCCUAUGAAUUUUGUUUUGGCCUUUCUGAAUUUGUUGCCUCUCUGGAUGGCUUAUUUGGCCUAUUGGAAUAAUUAACAAGUUGUAUUUCUACCUGUGUAAUAUGUUUUAACACCCUCCGUUUUUUAAGCUGCUCAUCAACCUAGCAGCAACAAUAUUUAAGUGACCGCCUGAUUUCAGAACAUGCUCAUUUCCCCUUCUGCCAUUAUUCCACGGUUUGAUAUGGAAACUGUUAUGUCCUCUACUGCCAUUAGACAUCAAUUUGUAGAAAAACAAGGAAAAGCCUCGUUUUAAAUAAUCCAAGAGGGCUUCCCUGGUGGCGCAGUGGUUGAGAGUCCGCCUGCCGAUGCAGGGGACACGGGUUCGUGCCCCGGUCC